CAUCCACUCAGAUGACGGCUCCCCGACCUGCCCAGAGUCAGCGCUCGAAGGCCGGGUCACAGCCACAGCGACCCCCGCAGCAGCGGCAGCCUUAGGCUGCUCAACAUCAGCAGGGCAGGGCUCCAGCGAGGACAUACGCUAUGCAAGGGCGUGCCGAUCCUAAUCCUGACGUCAUACAUAGUAUGUUCACACUCUUUGGUUUGGAUUUGUUAGCAUUGAUUGACCCUGGGCCCACACUAUCAUAUAUAUGUGUUCCUUUGCUUGCUAAUGCUGUUGUCGCGAGAGGUCAGUUGGAGAGUCCGAUGCUGGUGUCCAAUCCCCUUGGGCACAAUAUGAUCCUACAUCACGUCUACCGACAAUGUCCAUUGACCACGCGUGGGAAGAUCUUUCCUGCAGAUCUUAUCGAACUUCCAUACAAGGAAUUUGACAUUAUCCUUGGAAUGGAUUGGCUUACCGAGCACCAGGCAAUUGUAUAUUGCAGUUCAAGGACCGUGGACGAUGAGUUCUGUUGCAUGACACGAGACCUUGCCUCUAGUGGGAGGAGACCAGAGUUUACGGUUGGUGCUGAUGGAAUCUUGUUUUUCCGCAACCGUCUUGUGAUACCAUACAGGGACGUGAGGGAGCGUCUGCUACAUCCGACCCAUCGAUUUCCCGAAGGUGCGGUGACUCUGGACGAGAACUUGACAUAUGAGGAUGAGCCGGUGCAGAUUCUAGCAAGAGAGGUGAAAGAGUUGAGGAAUAAGAGGGUGCCUCUAGUCAAAGUCUUGUGGCGUAACCAUGCUGUCGAAGAGGCUACGUGGGAGACCGAGGAGUCCGUGAGAGUUCAGUAUCCUCACCUCUUCUUCGAUAGUGAUUCAGAUUCAAUUGGGGCUGUCCGGGCAGUUGGGCUAACCGGGUCGUUGGGCGGACUGUCCGGGCUGCUGGGCUGGCGGGUCCAGUUGUUGGGCCGGCUGCGUUGGGCCGGCAGCGUUGGGCCGGUUGAGUGGGGCUGCCUGAACGGGAACCUUGGAUAUUCUCCAUACCAAGACACAGAUAGGGAUAAUUAUUAUGAAUCUCAUGGAGACCAAGAUGAUUUUGACCACAAUGGGCGUACAUACGACGAUCAACCUGAUCCGCUCCUCAAAGAAAUAAUAAGAUUAGAACAGAAGAUCUUCUAUUUUGACAAAAUUUUAUUUGCUGAAUGCUCUUGGUACAAACCACCUUACUGCAAUGACUACACCCUGUUUGUUGAAGAACAAAUUGAAGCAAACAAGGUGGCAAUUCGAGAAAGAGCAAAACUUCUUGAAUCAGUCCGGAAGGAAAAGGAGUUCUUAAAAAUGAUGCAGAAAAUGCUGGACGACUUUCAAAGAGAGAGACUAGAAGCUGAGGCUAAAGCUGAUAAAUUAGUCAAUGAUCUCUGUAAGGCUAUUGAGUUUAAACGCUCCCUCCAACCUCAAAAAGAGGCUCUAGAACCUAAGACCAACCCUGAAUCAUUCCACCAUCAGGUUCCAGUUCUAGAAGAUUCACCUAGUUCUACACCAUCACAAAAACCCGAGAGCAUAACAACACUCGCUAGGGCUACUGUGGUGAUAUUACCUGAAUCUCUUCCUAGCCAAGUCCUAGCCAACAUAGUCGUACGUGAGGUGGAACCAACUAGACCUGACUCAGAACCACCUAUGCUUAUUCAAGAAGAAAAGGAGGAGGAAGUUCUGCCUAUGGCAAUAAAUGACCGUCUCCUUAAUUGUGUUGAAGACACGCCUCUAGAGGAACUUGCUCUGGAGGAAAUAGAGCCCACAACAAACCCCCAAGAUUCCAAUACCCACGAGUCUGAGGAGGAACCUAUAGAUGAGGAAGAAUUGUGCAUAGAAAGGCCAAUUCCGUCUAUAGAAACCUGCGCAAAUAAUGAUUCAUCUGAAGAUACAGACCAUGCUUUCUUUGAUUCCCUACUUGAUGGGUAUGACUAUGUCUGCCCGAAGGAUGGUUGGAAUUUAAAGAGUUGGGAUGAACUUCUAGUGAGUGACCAUGAGGACUCUUCCAUGGGGGAAAGCACGGUCGUAAUCAUUAAACCACAAAUGGACAGGCAGCUAAUUGAAGAGGAGAUGGAGGAGCUGCUUGAGGGGACCAGAUGGCAGCGCCUACUUCAGCUGAGGGCAGAGUCUAGCCUACCACUAACCAUCGAGUUCUUAUGCUCGAUAUCUGCUGUCCCGGAGAUUGAUUCACGACAGAUGACUUAUACUUUGAUCACCGCUAAUACCAUAUUUGCCUUCACUCUUGUGGGCCAGUCAUUUCAUCUCGGGCUUUACACUCAGGAGGAGACCAAGCAGCCUGAGUUCUACGACGCUCCCUUCCGUGUUCCCGAUGCACUUGGUCUGUGGGUUCGUGAUUACACUGCUCUUUCGCUCCCUCAUGGGGAACGCACCGAUCCACGGCCUGUGCAGGUGAUGAGGGAGUUAGAUGCCGGCAUGCUUCGGAAUGCUCACAUCCACAAGAGACUCUUUCCUAGCUCUUCUGUGAGCACUACGGCCUCUAUUGGCUGCACUUCACAUGAGAUGGGAGAGUCUUCCGGUCAGUCACAGACACUCUCUCAGCGCCUUCCUCGUCGACGACCCACCAGAGCACAGUUGGCUCGCGCUCAGACGGAGGUAGCACCGGCAUUGGCCCAGCAGCUCUUGGAGAACCAGAAUACACUUAUGCGGUCCAUCGCGGCACUCCAGCAGCAGGUGCAUGGACUAGACAGGAUGCGUGAGGCGUUGGGUUUUGAAAACCCGAUAAUGUUAGAAUAAUAGACCAACGCUAGAGGGGGGUGAAUAGCGUUUGUUCGUAGAAAUCGCAGGAAUUAAAAAUUCAAAUGAGAAGUAAAGAGAAGAGUAAGAG